AUGGAUGUGUCUAAAGUGCCCAUAGAAAAUGUGCAAUUGCACACAUUGGUAGAAAAGGAUAUUUGUGCGGUAGCUUCAGCUAUCACGUGGGCUCUGCGACAAAGGCUAGAGGGCAAAGUAUUGGCUGACGUCGGACCAGCGAUCAUUGCAUUCACCGGCAAGCAAAAGAGUGUUCCCUCUAUUAUGGUAAUCUCCGAUCCAGUCUGA